AUGGACAAACCAGUGGAUCCAAAUCGAACUGUCUAUGGAGUGGUGAUUUGUGUUUCCGCCGCUGCAUGCAUUCUUCUUCUAUAUAUGGCACUGUUUGGAAGAAGAAUGCCACGGACAGCUAUCAGAUGGCAUGUGAUCAAUUGCUCUUGGUGGAGCCUUAUACACCUGGCUUCGUAUGGUUCAUAUGCUGAGAAAGCACCAUGGCCAGAAUACAUCAAAUUGCCGGGAUGGAGUGAAAAUGCUAGAGGAGUUGAACUUUUUUCCAGGUCGAUUUUCCCAUGUGGCAUAUUUUUCGUUUAUAUUGAGAUGAUGAUAUUGGUCUGUGUCCCACGACUAAUUCAUAAUUGGGUAUUUAAUCUUAUCUUCUUCAUACUUGUUGUUCCAGUGCUCAACUUUAUAGUACUAUUUUGUUUCUUCGCAAAGUGGAUGGCUGUGGAAUGGUUUUAUAGACCUAUCGACUUUCUAAACAUAUUUACAUAUUUUCUAUUUUGUAUCAUGACUUUGAUCUACUUUAUAUUUUGUCUUUUUGGCACAUGCCUUUGCUGCCAUACCGUUACAUCAAGAAGAAAACAAAAUAGAAGCGUAUACACUUUUGUUGACAUGUGGCUGCUCUUUAUAUACGGUUUAAUUCCAAACAUCAUGUACGGACCAUCAUUCGGCUUCACAUCUGUGGAAUUUGUCUUCAAAUUUUUCUCCGACUGGUUUGAGCAGAUAAGUGGUGGAGGAGAAGGAGAAGGAGAAGGUGGACUUGGAGGAAUAAUAGACAUGUCUAUGAUCUUUCACAUCAUGACGGGCAUAUUGAAUGCUCUACCGUGGCUCGUCCUACUGUUCCCUCUUGUUCAGGUUAUACUUGCUAUCAUUUGCAUAAAAUCAUUCCGACAGCAGUUCUUCUUUCUCUUCACUUGUGGGCGAGUAUAUAGCGGUUCACCUGCAAAAACUCCAAAUAGUGAGAAAGAACGGGCGUUAGAAGGUUCAACCCAAUCUUUACCUGGAUCGAUAGAGACCGUGAUGAUAAUAGAUGAGAAGAGAUGA